AUGCCACUCAAUGAUUCAGAGUGUGUAGCUUCUGGUACAAGAAUCAAACACGAGCUUCGAGAUGAAGAAAUAUCUAAACAUUUGUUUGCAAAGGAUGUUACUCAUUCAACACCUACAAAAAGUACAUACUGCACUUCAGCUGGAUCAGAUGAAAAAUGCAAAUACAAAGAAGCUGAUAUUGCAGGAACAAACUUAGAUGAAGAAGAAGUAGUUGAUGCUAGUUAUUGCAAAGGUGGCAUUAUACUACUGGAUACAAUUCAGUGCAGCCAGCUGAAUUUAGAGAAUAGCGAGCCCCUUAAAGGAAGCACGACUGCAGAUUUUUUUAACUCGAUAGCCAUAGGCCCAGAGGAAAAUACAAAUUUCCAGGAGGUACAACAUUCAAAAACAUCAGUUAAUGAGGCCCUUCCAUGCAAAGAAGAGAUUGAACCAAGUGAUAAUCUGUUUCAAAACAACAAUUUAAAAGAAAACAUAAACCACAAAGGCACUGCUCAAAAUUUAGCAGAGAAUUUUGGACAAAGUGCAACUAUUCCAAAGAAGGCUGUCAGGACAAAAUAUGCCAUUUUUAUAAAGGAAAACAUGGCUCAGAAAGAUAAGAUUGACUUAAAAAGUACUUCUGCCAUACAUGUCACAGCAGCAAAACAAUCACCAGCCAAAGCACAGCAUUGUUUGAAAGUGACCCCUGUUAAAAUGAAAAGUGCUAGUAAGACCCUGUCUUACAAAGGCAACCAAAGCCUCAACAUUUUAAUGUCAAAAGAACCAGAACAGAAAAAGAAAAUAAGCAAGGUUAACUGUGUUAAUCCAAGGAAUAUCUCCACUCCAGAAAGAAUCAAUAAAUGUAGUGCCAAAUCAUUACAGUGCCUCUCCAUUCCAACACAAAAUUGGCUGAGGAAAAGUACAUUUAUGCCCUCCACUGCUCAGCUACUAAAAUAUAAAGAAGGUCCUAGCCUCCCUUUGCUCAAAGAUCCUGAUCUACACCAAGUUCCAUCAAAAGUGAAAACACAAGGGCAAGGUGGAAUUAAAUGUCUCUUGAGAAAUGGAUCACUUUCUAAUGGACAAAAUCUUCCAAAUAUCAACAGAAUUUCAAACAGCCUUAAUAAGUCACCAGUUCUGCAGGUUUCAAGAUCACAUUUCACAGAUGAUUUCUCAGCAUUAAAGUAUAGUGAUAUGUUUCAGGAAAUAAAUCCAACCGAGAAAGGCCCAGGCAUUUAUGAAAUGUUUGGCACUCCAGUGUAUUGCAUUACGCGAAAGUCCACAAAUCGUGAAAGUAAUCAUAAAGUUAUUCAUUCUAUGCCACCUAGAAGGCAAUCAAUAUGCAAGAAGUCCAAAUCAAACCGAGUAACUACAAGAAAUACUGCCAAGAUUUCAAAGAGUAAUCUGAACUCUAAACAUAAGAAAAGUCCCAGAAAUGUUAAAAAAGAGAAUGUAGAUGAGAACGCAGGAGAGAAAAACACUCCUUUAUUCAGUGAUGAAGGACCAGAAAAUGUGAUUAUUUCUGGCCACAAUUGCCACAUAAAAACCUACAGGAAAGAGGCAUUAUCCCAUGAAUUAAUUAACCAAGAGAAAACUGGCACUCUCUCAGAUGGCGCAAACUCCCUUCAUUCAUUAUCAAAUAAUAAAGCUGAGCUAGAUAACCAGUAUUUGUCAACCAUUACAGAAAUCUCACUUAAGCAAACUUCAAUCAAAUCUAACAUUUCAGAAGAUUUAUAUAAGGAAUCAAAUACUUCUGUUAAUGGAGAUGAUCCAGGACACGAUGCAACUGAUCAGUCCAUGUCUUAUUCUUUGGGAGCAUGCAAGGAUGCAGAUCGUCUUGCUACUGAUUUAUUUGAGUUACAACAGCAACUGAACAUCACACUUAACGAUGUAGAAGAUUUGGGCAAAGGAAGUCAAAUUGUAGAAUGCCGUGGGCCUACAGAUGCACGAGAGCCUACAACUGCUUCGACUAAUCAGGUUAUCUGGGAUGUUACAGAGGAUGAAACAGAAUCUAUUGCUUUACGUACUGAAGACCAAGACAACACCAUAUCUUCUACAGUAAAAGAUGCUUCAAACCCAGAUUUCAAUCGUACCAGUUUUCCAGUUCAACGAAUGAUCAACACGUGGACUACAGAAGAGAUUUGCCCUCCACAUUGUCCCGACUAUUACAGUCAAGGCAGUCUUACAGACGAGUUGCUUAGUUGUCUGGCAUCAGCAUUAUUGUUAGAAGAAAAAAACACUUGUACUGACACAACAGAAGUGACCAAACAAUUUAUACAAAAGGAAGAUGAUAGUAAGAACGGCUUAUUUCAAAAUGGAUAUGGAAAACUAAAUGAGAAUAGCCUUCAGAGUGCAGAAUAUACAGUUACAAAACUAUGCAAGACUUCUAGCAGAUCAAACAGCUCACUUGGCCACUCUAUGAAAUCUGAAUGUAGCUCCAGUUGUGAGGAUGCCAUUAUAUGGACCAAAGGAAAUGUGCUUGGCAAAGGGGCCUAUGGCACAGUGUACUGUGGUCUAACCAGUCAAGGGAAAUUAAUCGCUGUUAAACAGGUUUCUUUGGAUGCAACAAAUCAUAUUGCAGCAGAAAAAGAGUAUCAGAAAUUAGAAGAAGAAAUUGAGUUACUGAAAAACCUAAAACAUGUCAACAUUGUGAGUUUUCUCGGUACAAACCUAGAAGCAAACGUUGUUAGCAUUUUCAUGGAGUUUGUUCCUGGUGGUUCCAUUGCUGGUAUCAUUAGUCGAUUUGGGCCAUUACCAGAACCUGUUUUUUGUACAUAUACUAAACAAAUUUUAAAGGGAGUGAACUAUUUACAUGAUAACAGGGUGAUUCACAGAGAUAUAAAAGGAAAUAAUGUCAUGCUUAUGCCUAAUGGUGUGAUAAAACUUAUUGAUUUUGGAUGUGCCAAACGCAUGACUUACGUGAACAUGAGUGAUACACACAGUGAAAUGUUAAUAUCAAUGCAUGGAACUCCUUAUUGGAUGGCACCUGAAGUGAUCAAUGAGACUGGACAUGGGAGGAAAUCUGACAUUUGGAGUAUAGGCUGUACAGUGUUUGAAAUGGCAUCAGGGAAACCACCUUUGGCUCAUAUGGACAAAAUGGCAGCCAUGUUUUACAUUGGAGCAUAUAGAGGUCAGAUGCCGAACCUGCCUGAGGAGUUCUCUGAGAAUGCAAGAGACUUUGUACAGGUUUGUCUAACAAGGCAAGUAUAUUUUUAA